AUGAAAUGUUUUUAUAUUACAUCAAAUGUGACAAAAAUGAUGCUAGAAAUCACAAGGAUUCAAGUAAAUCCACUUACUGCAUCUGACAUGACUACACGCACUGACAUCUUUAACAAGUCCAACGCUGCACUUGACACACUUUAUAAUGUGUGGGAAAGCAUGCUUACCAUCAUCCAAGCUGUUUCGGCAGCCUCAUCAAAGUCAUUGACAACCGAGCCUGAUUUGGCAGCACUUCAAAAAGCACGAAGAGACUACGAAACACUAUUAGGAAAAUUAUCUUUGACUGCGAUAUGGCUAGAAGAUAAUAAAGAUAUACUCCCAAAUAUCUCAGUAAAAGACAGCAGCUCAGACGAAACGCCCCAGAGAAAGCAGCUACUAUUGGAACAAGAGAGCCUUCGUAAUGAAUCAGAUCGUCUCUCUAAUCAAUUAAAGCGUCUCUUGAGCCAAUCUUAUGCUUUACAAUUCCAGAUCGAUAUGCUUUUAUCCUCUUCUUAUGAUCAAGAUAUUGAUAGUCGAAGUUAA